ACGCCAGUACUGCCUCAGGGGGUGGAUAUUGAUUUGUUAUUGGCAACUUGCUCGUUGACUUUUAAUUGACAGAUGUGUAUUUCAUACUGGUGAGUAUGAAACGGCCACACCUGUUGGAGAUGGCUAAUUCCACUAUUAACGCCAAAUGCCUUGGAGAUCGUCGAAUCGUCCUUUGUUAAUUUCAAUCAAUGCUGGGAGACGGAUUUAACUUUGGUACUACCCCUGCAGCAACUACUGCUGCAACUGGAAUAGGAUUUGGACAACCUGCAGCAUCGGGCUUUGGCUUCGGAGCCACUGCUGCAAGGACCACGGCAACAGGCGUCACACUUGGAACCACCACUCAGGCCACCGGGGGUGGGUUCUCCCUCGGUGGCACUGUGGGGUUCCCGGGGACGCUGGGGGGUACAACUGCUACUACCUCUGCUCCAUCGCUGGGGGCAUCAGGGGGCUUCUCCCUCACUGUUCCGGGGGCAGCAACAACGACAGCGACUGUGCCAGCUUUGGGAGGAGCAGGCACAAGUGCUGCAGGUGGAUUUAGCUUUGGCCUUGGGGCAACGACAACAACUCCAGCUACAUCUACAGUUGCAGCUCCCAUUACAGGUCUGGGUCUAGGUGCUGCAGUUGGGGCGGCUCCUGCCGGCGGCUUCAGUUUCGGCAAACCGACCAGUGUGGCACCUACACUAGGGAAGCCAGUUGGGACCCUUGCUGUGGAUGCUGCACCAUUUAAUACAAGUCAAAAGUUUGGUGGUGGGGGAUUGACCACGGCCACAACAGCCAGCACUGGCCUGGGGUUGUUCGGACCUACUGCUGCGGCUGCCACUGCGGCCCCAGCCAGCAUCUUCUCUGCUGCAACUACAACUGCAGCGACAGUCGGCCUUGGAGGUGUUGAUCCCAAAACAUCAACAGCAUCUGGAGGAACGAGUGGCACAGCUGGGAAAACCAGCGAUGGUAAGGCAGUAAAAGAGACCCAAAUGCCAGCAAUGCUCGUGGAGACUGUCACAGUGUUCCAGAAGUAUGUUAAGGAGGAGAAGACAGUCCGUGAGGACAUCGCUCGCAUGUCCACCAAACCCAUGCUGAAGGUGCAGGAGGAUGUCGCCGCUCUCAAGCAGCUGCUCUCUGUCGUCUCCAAUGGACUCCAGAGGAACGCGUGUGCUGUGGACAAACUCAAGAAGGAAAUGGCACAUGAGCUGAAGAAUGCUGAGAUGGCCCAGAGGACCAAGGACAUCCCUCCAGGACUCCAGUACGAGAACACAGCACCAACCAUCUACUUCCAGCAGCUGGUGGAGGAGUUUGAAGGGAGGAUGAUCACAUACCGCCAGCAGAUCGAGACCCUUGAGAACCAUCUGGCCGCCCUCCACCAGCCCACCAGACAUUCCCCGGCCGAAUUGAUAGCUCUGAUGAAGAAGCUGCACGAAACCUUCAUAGCCCUCGCUGCUCAGCUUCAUCAAGUCAAUGAGGCUGUCAAGACCCAGAAGGAACAUUACCUGAACUACAGAAAGAUCUUCCAUGGAGACACCAAGAAUAUUUUUGAGAAACAGCAGAAGGCUCCAGUGAGCAUCACGCCCGCACGUACACUGGACCCUGCCGGACCCACGCCGUUCACGGGGAUGACCAAUGCUGCCGCUGCUGCCAUGGCCUCCGUCCUUAAUAGGUCACAGCAGCCUGCAGGUGCCCCUCCCGUAGUAGGACUCAGUACCAGUACACUAGGUGGCGCUGCUAGUGGGCUGGGCACUUCGGCACUAGGCACAUCAGGCGGACUGUUUGGGGGCGCUGGUCUCACUUCGACAACAGGCCUGUCUGGGUCGGCUCCACAGCUGAGUGGGCUCUCCUCUCUGCUGUCCUCUUCUACUAUGGCUACACCGGCCGCAAUCAAGCCUCUAGGAGGCCUCAACUCCUCAAUCUUCAGCACACCAGCAGCUCCGGCCACCUUUGCAUCAUCCACCCCGCUAACUGCAGGGGUGCCCCCCAUUCUCGGAGCCACACCCGGACAGUCCACCCUCUCGGCAGGGACCAACAAGCCCUUCCAGCUACAGAAACCCCCUCAAGGAGCCAAGCGAGGAAAGAGAUAAUGAGAUGUACAUCGUUCAUUAGGCCACUUUUUCUAUUACUUGGUUUAUGGAUAGUUGUCUCAAAAUCUCAGGUCGGUGGUGGAAAUAUGAUGGAAACUUUAACAAGAUCCUCAGGUUUUAUUAUACAUUUUUAAAUUUUAAAAUGUUGUUGGUAGGUUGUGGAAAUAUUAUCAAAAAGUUUGUAUUUUUUAUAAAGUGUUACAAAAAUGGUAAAGAAUGCAUGCUGCACACUACUUGGGAGAUCAGGUAAAGCUGUGAAUAAUAUUUAUUUCUUAUAUAUGAUCAUCAAAGGUUCGGCAGAAAUAAAAUAGUUUUAAGACAGGAAUUUUAUUUUUUUCCACAAUCCAUAUUUUUAAUGUCACUGGAUCCGUAACCAAGUAAUAUAAAAUCAAAUGUCUUAGAUCCUAUGUGAACAAGGUUCAUUGCAUUGUAUGGUGCAGAUGAAAGUGUUGUAUUUUGUACUUUCAUUUGAUUGUAGUCAUUAUUGUGUCAAGGGACCAGCUGUUAGUGGGUGUAAAGCCCCUGGCUGGCUGACCAUCAUCCAAACUUUCCUCUCGAUUGUAAAAACUUGGGUCAUAUAACAAGUAGAAUAAUGUCCUUACAAAAGUUGAUCAAAUCGUGAAAAUGUCCUGAAGACAUUUGUCUCAGGUAAAAUCACUGGCUGUGGCUCAGAGUAGGUGUGAAAGCGACCUGCACUCAGUGUUUGGAAAAUAUCAUGUUGUCAUCGAUAAGGCUGAUACUGCUUGAGGUUUAACAAAGGGAGGGCUUAUGAUAUCACAUUAGUUGAUAAUUGAUGUUGGAAGCCAGUACGGAGGUGUGCAACUGAAAAUAACAUGCAUGUUGAAAAUAUAUUUUGUACCUUGAUAUUAUGUAUUAAAAUUUCAAAUGUG